AUGCUUAGGAUACAGACCGCCGCCGUGCCGCCAAGUAUCCACUCUUCGCGCACCACCCACGACCCCUCCGCCGACCACCUAUCCGCGCGCAUCACGCCUGCCUCACUUCAAGCCUCCGACCCCCAUCCCUCUUCAUCUAGGGUCGAUCCCGCCUGGGGCCUCAUGAACGGCAUUGUCGGUACCGCGCCUCCGGGCGCCAUGUACGUGCGCGCCCUCUACGACUACGAGGCCGACGACCGCACCAGUCUCAGCUUCCACGAGGGCGAUGUGAUCCAGGUCAUCACUCAGCUCGAGAGCGGCUGGUGGGAUGGUGUCAUCAACGGCGUCCGUGGAUGGUUCCCCAGCAACUACUGCCAGACCAUCACUAGUCCCGACGACCUGCCCGACCCGGGCCAGAACGGCCUUGUCGCCCAAGUUGACGACGACCCUGAAGACCCCGAGAUUUACGACGAUAAUUAUGACCUGGACGACGACUCCGAGGCCGAUGGGCCCACUGCCUUGCCCAUCGAGGGCACUGACGGUGGUGACAAGUCGCGAGCCGACUUCUGGAUCCCCCAGGCCACUCCCGAUGGCCGCCUCUUCUACUACAACAUGAUGACGGGCGAUCAUAGCAUGGAACUACCCCUCGAGUCCCCCAUUUCUGCAAACGAGACCGGUCCGCGGGACCGCAUGAAUGUCAACAUACCCGAUAAGACCAGGCCGCCGCCAGAGAUGAUGGCUCGAGGCUUGACCCAAGAUGAGGACGACGAGUCACUAACAUCCGCUUCCGAGGCUGAGGGGGAUUCCUCAAGGCUGGCCACCAGGCGCUCAAAGCCCCGGAACCGCACUUCCUUCAGUGGUGCCUUAUCACCGUCGACAUCGAUGGAUUCUAUUAAUGGCGCUUCUCCAAUCGGCCGCACAAGGAACGACGUCUCGCCCAACGGAAAUCAUCUGGUCCCUGGCCAGGUGCCAAACAUUGCUUCAGCUACCUCCUUCACUAGUACCACCUAUAACCUCCCGACCACAGCCACUGUCCCGCGAAGCUUCUUUGAUGAUGGAUCCACACCCUCUCUUAGCUGGAGCUUGCUCGUCUCCAACAUGAAGCGUGCUAUUGAUCGAUACCGUGAGGCGGUGACAAACAACAGCCGCUCCGAAUAUGUCGCAAGGGCUGAAGAUAUAUCUGAUCAUCUACGACUACUACUCGCCGCUGGCUCAGGCACCACGGACAACCACUCCGGCCAGCCAUCCAUCAUCUCAACCAACAAGGCUCUAUAUCCUCACUUUCGAGACAUGAUGUCCAAGUUUUCGAAGCUAGUAAUUUCGUCUCAUAUUGCUGCAGCGGAUUGGCCCAAUGCGGAGUCAAUACAGAAGUGCCUACAGGAGGCCGAUGGAGUUCUCUUGGGUGUUUUCAGUUAUGUUGAAGUUGCCCGACAGCAACGUGGUGAAGAGAUUCCUCGCCUCUUCCCCGGAUUUGUUAUUGGCAGUACCACCGGCGGAAGCUGGCAGAAUAAUGGAUUGGGGCCUCGUGAUCCAAUCACGGCCAACUUUCUCGAAGAUGAGGAAGGCGUGGUAGAGCCUACAGCCAUUCUCGACAACAGAUUAUUAGAACGACUGGACGAACAGAAGCGGAUUCUCGUGUCAAGCAUUCGAGAGCUCGACAAGAACCUCGUCGCCCCAGACAAGAUUGUCACACCAUAUCGACAUGAAAUGAUUGGGAACAACGUUUGUUUUGCUGGAGGAAAGGUGCUGGAGACAUUCAAGCCAUGGAUUGCUAUGAUCGAAUCCAUCGACCUAUCCUCCCUGGGCAAUAGCUUCCAAACUCCUCAGCUUGCGGACUUUGGCACAAAUAAGCAGAGCCUCUACGACAAUGUAUCGGACUUGCUGUUAGGCUGUCAGGCCGUUGCGGGUCCCUUGGCCGAUGAAUGGGCCGAAGUUCGGGGCGAAGCCUUAGAGAACCGCCUCGACUAUGUUCGCCAGUGCGCGAGGGCGCUCGAGACUAAUUCUUCUCAGAUCAACUUCUCCUUGCAGCUACUCUCGGAACAGGUCCAAAUUAAUUUGCAGCAGCAUCAAGUGGAACAGCGACCCCGCGAUGACCAGUUCACCAGAAUUCAGUUACAGCGGGGAGAGACGAUGCCUUUCGACCGACCACAUCAGCGGACUGAUUCAAGGACCACUCCCGCCGCAGUGCGACCUCCGUUGAUUACAGCACAGUCGUUCAGUGAGGGAGACCCGCCACCAGGUAACUUCCGAAAGGGCGACUACUCCAAAGUCAAGAAGAUUUUUGGCGAGGAUCCCUCACCUCAGGCUGGCCUCCCACCUGUUGAGGAUACACCCGAAUUCUUGCGCCUCGACCAUGAGACCGAUGUGUCCUGGGAUGCCAAGACCAUUCAGCCCACCGUCAAGGGAGGCUCUCUCCUAGCUCUGGUAGAACAGCUCACUCGUCACGACAAGCUCGACUCAAAUUUCAAUAAUACUUUCCUCCUGACAUACCGAUCAUUCACGUCAGCCCGGGAGCUUUUCGAGCUCCUUGUCAAGCGGUUUGGAAUCCAGCCCCCGGAAGGCCUCACCCAGUCAGACUUUGACGCCUGGAGAGACCGAAAGCAGAAGCUCAUCCGUUUCCGAGUGGUUAAUAUUCUCAAGAAUUGGUUUGAUAAUUUCUGGAUGGAGGAGUACAGUGAGGAGUCGAAGCAGCUUAUCCGCGAUGUGUACACCUUUGCCCGAGACACCGUCAAGUCGACCGAGACCCCCGGAUCAGCACCUCUAAUGGCCGUCCUGGACCAGAGAUUGAGCGGAAAGGAGGCGGGCGCCCGACGAAUGAUUCAGACAGUCAACCAAAACACCCCGACACCCAUCAUGCCCAAGAACAUGAAGAAGCUCAAGUUCCUGGACAUUGACGUAACCGAAUUCGCCCGACAACUCACCAUCAUCGAGUCUCGUCUAUACGGCAAGAUCAAGGCUACGGAAUGUUUGAACAAGACGUGGCAGAAGAAGAUUGCAGAGGGGGAUCCUGAUCUUGCCCCUAACGUUAAGGCACUCAUUCUGCAUUCGAACCAAAUGACCAAUUGGGUUGCGGAGAUGAUCCUUGCGCAAAUGGACGUGAAGAAACGGGUGGUUGUAAUCAAGCACUUCGUUUCCGUGGCUGAUAGGUGUCGCGCUCUGAACAACUUCUCAACGCUAACCUCCAUCAUCUCGGCGCUGGGCACCGCACCAAUUGCCCGACUGAAGCGAACAUGGGACCAAGUACCGCAGCGCACACAGACCGUGUUAGAGUCGAUGCGAAGGGUAAUGGCCAGCACCAAAAACUUUGGCGAGUAUCGAGAAGCCCUCCAUGCCGCCAACCCGCCCUGUAUCCCCUUCUUUGGUGUCUACCUCACCGACCUUACAUUCAUCGAGGAUGGAAUUCCCUCCAUCAUUAAGAAGACCAACCUCAUCAACUUUGCCAAGCGAGCCAAGACGGCCGAAGUAAUCCGUGACAUCCAGCAGUAUCAAAACGUGGGAUACUCAUUGCAACCCGUUCCCGAGUUGCAGGACUACAUAUUAAGCAAUAUGCAAGCUGCUGGUGAUGUACACGAGAUGUAUGACAAGAGUUUGCAAAUUGAGCCUCGUGAACGAGAGGACGAGAAGAUUGUGAGGGUUCUGGCCGAAUCAGGUUUCCUAUAA